AUGACCCAUCUGUUUCUUUUUCUCCUUUUUGGAGCCUUAGCUCUCUCCAGCUCAGAAGGUGCUGGCAAUUCCACAGGCAAACAUCGCAAUGCUCGGUUCUUGUUUGACAUUUUUGACAAACCGAAGCCUGAACAUAACAUAAUUCCUAGCCCAUCUCAACAAGACUCAUCUGCAAAGCAGAUCUGCCGAAGUCGAUGCCAGAAAGGCUGGAUUAAUUAUAAAGGCCACUGUUACAUGCUUAUUCAAGAGAGAAUGACAUGGUUGGAAGCUGAGAAAACAUGUUCGGCUAAAAGUGCAGGAGGUCACCUAACCAGCAUCACCAGUGAAGAACAGAAUGAAUUCCUUCGUAAACUUUCUCAGGGACAACAGAAUACCCAGUUCUGGACAGGGGGAACUUACCAAAAGGGUUCAUUGUUGAGAUGGAGUGAUGGAUCUCUGAUAACCUUUGUCCAGAGGCCUCUGUCAUCCAUUUUCCAUGCUGUUGGAGGACUAAUUAACAGCUUGUUUAACAUAAAACUUUGCCUGAUGGUCAAUAUUGGAGGAGGGGCUCAAUGGGACAGCUCCCCCUGCAGCCAGAGGCUACCAUUCAUCUGCACUUACAGACCAACCUUAUUACAGUUAGCAGUACCUCACAAUUUAGCCUAUCAGUGGACAGGGUCAGCAGAAAUAGCAAGACCUUAA